AUGGUUCACUGGGUCCAUUUGCUGCUAAAAUCUUCCUACUUCUACGGCCUUGUCAUUGGAGUUUCCAACUUUGAGUUCGACUGGCGGACAGGACGCAUCUUCACAACCGCCAGGAGCACCCUGUAUGCGAUCGUAAACAACGGCAUCAUUGUGCUGCUCCUGGUCGUCUAUAUGCAUGGGGGUUCCGAUUUCGCUGCUCGCCUUUUUAAGGCAAAUAAAUUGAACGAAUAUGUUGUCAUAAUCAUGACUGGACUGAGGAUCGCUGCAGGAGCCCUCACGGUUUUCAGCCGGUGGAGCCAGCGGUGCGAGCUAAAGAAACUUGUCAGAAAUGUGAUUAGCCUGGUGCAGGCCAAGCCGCAGUUGCUCCAAAUGUCCCGAUGGGGUAUUCUCAUCAAAAUCUUUACGGGCUCUGUGACAGACCUGCUGCAUAUGGCCAUUACUUUCGAUCAAAUCAGUGUUGUAGAAUCCAGGCUUUUCGUGGGCUUAUGUCUUCAGUUCUGGAUGGCAGCCCUUUUGAAUUUGGCACUUUCGCAGCACUUUCUAGUGCUGCUUCUCGCUCGAGCACAAUAUAAUAUGGUCAACACGGAGCUGCGACAGGUGAUCGAUGAGAGCAGGCACCUGAGCAACCAUCGCCCACGAAAUGGCACCCUUAUGUCCAGGUGUUGCCACCUUGCAGAUAAGUUGGAGGAUAUGGGAAAAGUCCAGAGUAAGCUGCAGGCGAUUAUUAGCCAAUUGGGAGAGAUAUUUGCCUUUCAGGGUAUAAUGGUUUAUGCCGGGUACUACAUAACCUCGGUGGGUGGCUGCUAUCUGACCUACAGUAUCAUCACAAAUGGUAUCGAGAAAAUUGGACUUACUCAAACAAAUAUCAUUCUGUCGUUUAUAUGGUGCUUCUUCUAUUACCUGGACGCUAUAAUCAAUCUCUUCAUUGUCCUAAAUGUCCAGGAUGAUCAUAAGAAGAUGAUGCGACUGUUGGAGGAGCGAACUCUGUUUGCAUCUGGCUUGGAUGUCCGUCUGGAAGAGACUUUUGAAAGCCUACAGCUGCAGCUUAUAAGAAAUCCUCUCAAAAUGGAAGUCAUGAAAUUGUUUUCCGUAACUCGGAGCAUGACCACGGCCAUGUGCGGAUCUCUAAUAACUCACUCAAUAUUUUUGAUUCAAUAUGACAUGGAAUAUUUUUAG